UCAGGUACAUCAUCGAGUGAAGGGGCCGAAUCUUGACUUCCUCAAAAAAACAGAAAUCAUGUGGACUCUCAUCAUGUUUUUCGUCAGUGUGGAGGCGGCUGCAGAAGCUGAUGAUAUUGUAAAAUUGAUGGAGGGAGGUCUCCUCAGACUCAAUACAGACGCUGAAAAACUCAAUGGAAAAAUACAAAUACUGUGGACUUUUGAAAACGGCACACAAAGUUCUCGCAUCGCCCAGUAUCAUGGGAAGAUUUACACCCAUUAUGAUGACAGAUUCAGUGGCAGAGUAGAGUUGGACCAGCACACGGGAAGUUUAAACAUCUCAAACAUUAGCUUAGAUGAUGCUGGACUUUAUAAAGUGUUAAUUGUAAUCAACAAACAGAUUUUGACAAAGAAGUACAAAGUGGAUGUUUAUGCUCCUGUUUCUGUUCCUGACAUUAAGAGUAGCUCACAUGGGACUCUGCAGCAUCCUCAAAGUACAUCACAGGAGAAGCAUGAAUUCUGCUCUGUUGUCUGCUCUGUGAAAAAUGAUCGAGACGUCUUCAUCUCAUGGUAUAAAGGAGAUGAAAUAGUGAAUCACAGCAGCAGUUCUGAUCUCAGCAUUAAUCUCAGUUUACCUUUAAAACUUCAUUAUAAUGAUACAGAAUCAUACAGCUGCACCGCUGCAAACCCAGUGAGCAAUAAAAGCAUCCGUCUACACAUGAAACACCUCUGUCCACAUUAUGAAGGUAAAAUAACACAGACGUACAUCAGGAAGUCUCUUCCUACCACAACCACAUUUGUGCCACUUCACACAGACAAACUGUUUCCUGGUAAUGAGAAUGUGUAUGAGAAUGACUCCAGCAGAAUCUCUUCAUCUACAGACUGUCUGAAGCAUUGUGGAGAUGUUGAAGUUCUGAUCCGCUUGAUUCUGUCUUUUCUGGUGGGACUUGCUACUAUUGUGUUUCUUGUUGAGCAUGUGAGGUCAACCCAAAACAUUAUCACAUAUUCUGAUGAUGAAAUUUGUAUGAGACACCAAAAGGUGUAAUUUCUCUUAACAGCGGAGCAGGUUUAAUGGGAGGUUGAUGUUUGACCAAAUAAUAAUCAAUGUACAUUUUUCAGUUAGUGCUAA